UGUCACCCUUACCUGCCACCAUCAUUCCCUCACAGAUGUGGCCGUGGUGGAGAUGAGCGACUCUUUCUGCCAAGCGUCCCUCUUCUAUCACCUGGGAGUCAGAGAAAGUUUCAGCAUGACCAACAACAUCAUCCUGUAUCGUUAUGAGGAGGACACAGACCUGCAGGCUGUGAAGGAGCAGUGUGGAAGCUACACUUUCCUCCCUUACGUGGUGACGCCUCAGGGCAAGGCGUUCGCCUGCGACGGCGCCGUGAUGACCGGCAUCAAAGAGCUGAUGCAGCCCGCUUUCCAGCUGGAUUCGCUUCUCACGCCGCUGACCGAGAGACUCGCACAUUUGCUCAACGACGUGGAUGU